AGACUUGUGAUCAUUCGUAAAUGGCCAACAUAAGAACGUUCGAAUGAGCAAAUGUCGGGAGGAAGAUAGGAAAUACGCAUGAGUGUAAACCUGCACAUUAAGAACUUUCUAUUUUGUUAUGUGAAAUGUUGUCAUUGUGUAAAUAAACAUUGUGUGUGUGUGUGAUCACUCCAGAGAUGUUUCAUGUGGUACAAUUGAAGUUGUGUACAUGUUGAAAGUUUUAAUAGUUAUGCGCGAUGGUAGUACCGUAAAUAUUCUUGACAUGUGCAAGGCGAAUAGGAUUUGACCUAAUGUAAGCGAUUAGUGUCAACGUGAGGGUUGUCUUAUUCGGUCCGUGUUGACGAACCGAAAAUUGAGAUACUUGUUUAAGGUGUGAGUACUUUCAAUUUAAAGCUCAGUAUAAUGCCACUAUUUGGUAAAAAGGACGACAGAGGUAUUGACUACAAAUCUAGGUUGGAGCAUAAAUUAUAUUUGGCUCGUGAAAAUCCGGAGCCAGUUUUCGAUUUGUCCGAUUGUGCGCUGAAACAUGUGCCAUCAGGUGUCUACACGCUCUGUAAAGUGUUCAGGAAAGAAGCGCUUUAUAUGCAGGACAAUCAUUUGACAUCUCUAUCUGGAGGAGGGAAUCUGGCUGACCUUUCGCUUCUGCAAGUGCUGGAUCUUCAUAACAAUUCUCUUUCAAAGUUACCAGAUGACUUAAGGCAUCUACAAAACCUUAGGGUUUUGAAUCUCAGCAGAAACUCCUUAAAACAGCUUCCUGCCACUGUAUCUGAGCUCAAAUUAUUAAAUGCAUUGGAUGUAUCAAACAAUAGACUGAAAGAUAUUUUAUGUGAGUUCAAUGAACUCAGACAUUUGGAAUCUUUGGAUGUUCGGGGAAAUAAAUCACUAUCUAAGCUGCCAACCUCCCUUGGACAUUGUGUACAUUUGAAAAAGUUAUUAGCAGAUACAGACUCCUUGAGAUACCCACCUCCCAACAUAGUACAACAAGGAACUACAGCUGUUGUUACAUUUCUGUCACAAGAGUGUGGUUUAGAAUAUAUACCACCAAGUGAAUCCGAGCCUGAUAGUGCCAUACCAACAGUGACUGAAAGUGAUGACAUAGACUGGGAAUUCCAGGCAAAAAUCCUGCAGCUUGAGAGACUGAAGGAGCAGAAACGAAGAGAAAUGCUGGAGCUUGAGAGGAGUAUAGAGGAGCAGCAGAGAAAAGAAUUAGAGCUUCAAAAUGUUAUGAGAAUUUCCAAAGAAAAAUUGCUGGGAGAUUUACUGGAACAACAGAUCAGACUAGAAGAUGAGAUUCAGCGUGCUCACCGAGAGCGUGAAUCAGAAAGACGACGUUUAAUUGAACAUUUGCAAACAGUUGAGCAAACAACAGACCAUAUGAUUUCUCAGCUGCUGUCAUUAAGUGCAAGCGAAGCUAAUGUGGAGCAUUUGCAGCUUCUCUUAGAGAAAGAACGACAGCAAGAAGAGCAGCUUUACAAUUUACGUCAAGAGGAGUAUCAGCACUUGCAUCAACAGGAAAUACUUAAUGCAAUGGAGGCACUGCUAGAAGAAGAAGGGAAACAUGAACAGAAAUUGAGGGAGUAUGAGCAAGACAGAGCUGAGACAACUCGCACAUUGUUGAGCCAGGAGCUGGAAAAUAACCAGCAGCUGCUGAGCUUAUUGUCAAGCCAGGAUCAGAACAAGAAUGAGCUCUUGAGAAGAUUGCACAAAGAUGAGGAGUUGCAACGUGCAGCUGUUGGGGCCCUGUUGGAGCGAGGUGAUGCACGCUCAUGGGGGCUUGUGCAGCAAGUAGCUAUUGUAAGCUCCCAGCUAAGUGCACUUACUGCCCUUGAACUGGAACGCAGGCGUCUUGAUGUAGCAGAGCAUGUGGCUGAAUUAAGUGAGAAGCGGAAAGCACUUUCUCAUUUGCUUGUAAAGCUGAUGGGCCAGCAAGAAGAGCGGCGUAAACAACUUCUCCGAACCUUGAAUGAAAUGGAGCGCCGAAGGCCAUCAGACAAAGAGUCUCAAGCUGACUUCUGGCUAAUGCAGUAUCAACGGCUGCUUGAUUCACGACCACCAAGUCUUGUUGAUCUGGAACGUAAUUUAGAUCCAGCUUUGGGACAUCAUCUUGUAAUGGCUGGAGUUGUUCACUGUUUGCCCUUUUUGUCAGAAUGGGUACAUGACACAAAACGCCUUGAGGAACUGACUGAUUAUGACCUUAUUCAGGCUGGCAUUAAAUCAUCAGAAGAUCGAGCAGCCAUUAAAAAAGCCACAAUGGAAUACUUGCAAGAGAAAACAAGUAAUACAUCAAGUGUGGAGCCUCAAGAUGUGCCAUCAGCCCCAUCUCUUCCCGAGACAGAAACUCACAAUAUGGAUGCUGAAUGUGUAGUUUGUCUAGAUAGGCAGAGUGACAUUGUAUUUGUCUCGUGUGGUCAUAUGUGCUGCUGCAGUAUAUGUUCCAAUCCACUAACAGAAUGUCCGAUGUGCCGAAGCAACAUCGUGCAGAAGCUGCGUGUUAUAAUGCCAUAAUGUUUAGUAUGUUUGUUUCAGAGUAGGUACUGCAGGUAGUAUUUCAUAGAUUCUAGUCAACUGCUGUGAUCUGACACAAAAUAUAUUGUGAGGAGAAAAAAACAAAUUUUCAGAUGAUAUCUAGUUUGUAAUUAUAUACUUCUGUAAUCAGUUGACACAAGUAAUAACUAUUCAUAUGCUUAUAGUGUUGGAAAGUGCAGUGGAUACUCAGUGUAGUUAAUAGACUACAGAAGCCAGAGCUUUCAGAAAAUGCUCAUCAGCAUGUACUAUCAUGGCAUAUGAGCACUAUUUUUCAAUUUUUUUUGUUACUUUAAAUUAAUAUUACUGGAAAUUUUUAACAAUGAGCCAAAAUUCUGCACAAACAAUUAAUAACAAUUCAUACGUGACUCCUCCGCAUUUUUAUAUCUUCAUUUGGCAGUGGACUUCAAAUCCAUAUCUGGUCAUCCUGAUUUAGGUUUCCUGUAGUUUCUCUAAACUGAUUAAAGCAAAUGCUGAAAUGCCUCCUUUCAAAAACAACAUGGCCAAUUUCAUUCCACUGCUGUGCCCUGUCUGUGCUUGUGCCCCAUGUGCAACAUCCCACUUGAUACUUUGAUCACGAUUAAGCUUUACCUAUUCGGACAUACACGGUCUGUUCAAAAAAUUCCAGAACUUAGUCCUUAAUAUUUUUCUAUACUUAUACCUUUUACUUAUUGUGCAUGGUCUCCUCUUCGGGAAGCAGUUUUGGUAUGCCUCUUGCUAGAUCACGGAAAGUGCCGCUGCAAAUUUUCCUUUAUCUUGCCUAUUGUUGCAAAUCUUUGUCUUUGCAUUGGGGUUUUCAACUUUGGAAAUUAAAAAAAAAAUCUGCACGGGCCAGGUCUGGAGAGUACAGAGGAUGUGAGAGAACAUUCAUUUUGUUGUUUGUGCAGUAGUCAAGCACCAACACGGAUGAAGACCCAUGAAUUGUCUAGCCACAUCUCUGGCUCUCACAUUUUCUUGCAGGCAUCGCAAAAUGGCCCGAUAGUACAUUUGAUUAACAGUUUGUCCCUAUGGCAUGAAUUCAUGAUGAACUGAUCCUUCGAUGUCAAAGGAAUAACCAGCAUGGCUUUGACACUUGACCUGACCUGACGAGCUUUUUUUGAUCUUGGAGAAUAUUUCCCAACCCAUUGUGAAGAUUGAACCUAGGUCUCGACAUCAUAACUGUAGACCCACAUGUCACCAGUUAUGAUUCUCUUAAGGAACAUCACGUUUUCAUUCUUGCGAACCAAAAGCUCUUCACAGAUUGCGAGGUGAAAGUCUUUCUGGUCUUGACUCAAGAGUCAUGGGACAAACUUGGCAGCAACACAGUGCAUUCCAAGAAGCUUUGUCAGGAUUCCAUGAUAUGAUCCAACUGAAGAAAUGUUACAUUCUUCUGCAAUCUCUUGGACAGUUAGUCUUAGAUUGCCAUACACAAUUUUGUUGACUUUCCUGACAUGAGCAUCAUCAGUAGGCAUCAAAGAGCGUCCUAACCGAGGAUCAUCUUUAACUUCCAUCCAGCGACUUUUAAAUCGUAUGAACCAUUCAUAACUUAAAAUACAGCUUAAGCACUCAUCACCAGAGGCUUCCUGCAUCAUUUGGUGUGUCUCUGUAAAGGUCCUCUUGAGUUUCACACAAAAUUUAAUGCAGACGCGUUACUCCUCUAACUCUUCCAUUUCAAAAUUCGCGAAUUGUACAACACUAUGUUCUGCUUAACACAGGUCUGAACAAUAACUAACAGACAUACAAAAUGAAACUUCCAGCAGUUACCCAUUAAACACAAGCAUGUGUAGUGAUGCCUACGGCACACUGCUCUCACACACCAUUAGUGUAAAAUUCUGAAUGUUCCAGAAUUUUUUGAACAGACUUUGUAUAGAGGAUAUGAAUAACGCUAUGAUUUUAUGCAUAGGGAGAAAAUGUUAUUAACUAUCUUUGUCUCCUAAUAAAAAUUCACAGUAAUUAGCAGCUGUGAAGGAAAUUGCCAACUUCUGGGCAUUCUACGUCUUGUUUGACUGCACAGGAAAACCAGAUAACAUUAAUAUGAGAGUAUAUGUAAUAUAAAUGAGAUAUUUUUCUUUUUUUAUAUGUACAUCACAGAGCUAUUACUUUUAUGCAGUCAAGAUGCUGUACUACUAUUGUACCAGCAAUCCUUCACUGAUAUUUUACCAUUCCAAAUGUCUUCCGUGGUGCACAGUUUACCUUCUUUCAGAAAUAUUUAAGCUUUAACAGUUUCAAAAUAACAGUUCACUGUCACUUAUUUUGCUGGUAUUUGUGUGCAUGUGAUAACCAUAUUCUUAACAUCUGAAUACAUAAUUGUUAAAUAUUGGCUUAUGCUAAAUAGUAGAAAUAUUUUAUGUCUUUUUGCUCUGGAUUCAUAGCCAAAACACAAUACAUCCAAGCCUACUGCAAAAAAUUCAUCACCCACAACUCAUCGAAUAUCUUCUCAGUGAAAAAUGGAACAGUCAGUGAAAGUGUGGCAACUAAUAUCAUAACAACCAUCUCAUGCAACUGUAAUAAUAGUGGUCCAUUUUGAUGGUUAGCUUUGCUUUAAUUUCAGUGCCUGAAAUAUUCUCUCUGGAAUAGAGGCAGAGAUCAUUGUUUUAUACUGUGGUUACCAGAUGGUACCAUCAUCUCACAAUUUCACACCCUAGCCACAAACAAGUCACCUUAUUUUCAAUAUUGUACUUUCUUGAUGGGGUAUACAUGGAACAUUUUUCAGAAUCUUUAUUUGUCUUUCAUUAUUUUUCAUACGAUUGGCUUUAGUCAAGUGUUUGCAACAAUCAAUUACAUACAUUUGAGAACUAAAAGGUUUUCUUUAUCACUUAGAAAAAGCAUAUUCAGGGUGUACAUAAAGUCCGGAAACACUUUCAGCUAAUUAUUGCACAAGAACUAAACUUUUUACAGAUGUCAUACAUAUUGCAUUUUGAAGAGAAACUGUGAAUUUUUUUGUUACAAACAGUUUAUAUGCGAACCAUGAGUGACCAGGCAUACGUGAAUAAGGUAAUCGAAUUUUUGCCAUACCCGUCCCAGCAUGGCUUCCUCGACUGUGGCAGUUGCUUCCCAUAUUCUCUCCCAGAGCUCUGCUACAUCACAUGGUAGAGGCGGUACAUACACCAGAUCUUUAAUACGUCCCCACAGAAAAAAUUCACACAGGGUGAGAUCUGGCGAUCAGAGAGCCCAUUUCAUGAAACAGUUGUCCCCUUCUGUAGCACUGCUUAUUCAUCAAUGUGGCAGCUCCAUGUUUGGGUACCCACAAACUUAACGAUGAAUAUGGGGUGGAGCACCAUCCUGCUGAAAGAUGAACGGAGAGUCCAAUUGCAUUUGAGGCAUCGGCCAAUGCUGCAACAUGUCCAAAUAGGAAUAUCCAGUGUCAGUGCUCUCGUCGAAUAAGAAUGGCCCAUACAGUUUUUGACGUGACAAGGCACAAAAAACAUUUACCGUUGGGGAAUCGUGCUCAAAUUUAGUGCAUUUGUGCGGAUGCUUUUUACCCCAGAUUUGACAACUAUGCCUGUUUACUUUCCCAUUAGUGUGAAAAGUGGCUUCGUCACUAAAAAUUAAGCGAUCAACAAUACCAUCCCCAACCUCAUUCAGUUGCUGCAACUGCGAACAAAACUCGAAAUGCUUGUCUUUGUCAUCAUCAUUGAACUUCUGCACUAGCUCCAAUUUGAAUUAUUUCAUAGACUGCUUCUGUUGCAGGACUUUCCACACUGUCAUUGUAGCCAUUUCUAGUUCAUGGGAUGCACAACGCACCGAUUUAUUUGGACUCCUUAUGAAUGUCUCUCAUAUGCACUCCACAUUCACUUCACUCACACUGGGACAUCCACUUGUCUUUGUCGGGCACAGGAACCGGUCAUAACAAAUUUGUUGUGCUAGUGGUAAAUGGCCUUCCUUGUUGGUGGCUUCUUACCAUACUUGGCUCUAAACAUCCAUUGAGCAGCUGUAGCACACUUGUUUUUGUCGAAAUCCAACACACAGAAAGAGCCCUCCACAUCUGAAUUCGCCAUGUUUGCGACUAGUGCUGACUAUCAGCAAAUUACCAACUGUGCUGUGGCAGUAUACAUGAAAAAAAAACUUUCAGGGUUUCUCUUCAAAAUCACAUAUUUACGAUACCUGUACAAUGUUUGGUUCUUGUGCAAUAAAUAAUUGAAAGUGUUCCUGAACUUAAUGUACACACUGUAUUAUAAUGAUUAAUUUCUAGGAAUUCUUUAGUUGAAUAGAAUUCAUUGUUUUGUUCACAUUUUCCCUUCGAACCCACCGGCUGUUGCCACAAGGUAAUGUCGAAGCUCUCUCGUUACCUUAUUGACCUGCUUAUGCUUUUUCUUCAGCAGUUCUUCAGAGGUUGGGUGGAGGGAAAGAGGUGCCUCUCUUAACAGGGUCACACACUGCAUCCUAAGUCAUUCAUUGGCUUUAAAUGAAGUAGCACUGCCCCGCCAAGGGCCCUCCCUCUUUCUCCCUCUUUUCCCACACUUCUCUCUCUAGCGAGAAGUGCUGGCCUCACCAUUAUACUAGAGUUAUGUGUGCUGAGUGCACUUUGAUGUGAUGCCUAUCAAUGGACCACUGUACUGUAAUGACCUGGGCUACUCUUUGUGAUUGUAGCUUAUAUCUUUACAUUUACCAAACCUGGCCACUGUACCGAUGUCUGGCCAGUCAACUCGCUGCACUGUGGCUUCUCUUGCCAUGCACAAGGCUUUGAAUGUAUUCUUAUUUUGUCAAUAAUUUUAAUAUGAGACUUGACUUUUUUUCUGUGAACAUGACACAUUUAAUUAGUAGUACUGUAUGAGAUGAGUGUGGUAACUUAAUGAAGAAUUUUAUGCAUAAGUACUUACAGUUAUUAUUGACUAUAGUAAGUUUUGAGGAGGGCAAAUCCAACAACUGACAGUUUCUGGAAUCGUAUACAUGCUCAUCAAAUCUCGUGUUAAAUUUUUCCAGAUUUCCUGUGGCAUAUAUUAAAAGUUAUAUACGUAUAGGCUAGGGACUGUCAUUAUGCCAUGCUGAUACUACUAAUAAACAUCUGAUCACUUUUUUCUGUUGUCUGAAUAUGCAUUUAGCUCUUGUGAAUUACUCCAAAGCAAUAUUCCAUACUGCAGAUAGCGACAGAAGAAAACAAAUUAUGAUUGGAGGAUCAACUAUUUGCUCAUACUGUUUCAUAAUUUAUACAAUAAAAAUGUUCAUAAGCUAAUUUGCUGUGCAGAUAAUUGAUGUGUCCUUUCCAAGAGAGUUUUUUAUCUAUGACCAGCCACAGUAAUUUCACUGUUUCCUUUUCAGUUCCCUUGAGGUUAAAAAUUAUUUAUGCUGUUUUUGUCUGCUUAAAGUACAGUGUAUUGGCCUGACGUCAGUGACUAGGCAUUUGGAUCAUUUUUCUUUAGAAAUGCUCUCCUUAUUAGUGUUGUUAUGAAUGUAAAGUACAUUCUUAUUUGGUGUAUAAUUCAAAAAGUCGUUAUGUAGGCGUUGAGCAGGAAAGGUCCAAGAACAUAGUUUUGGGGUAUUCCUCUUUUUAUUGCAAGUAUAAUGUAAUGCUUGAAUAAAUCAAGUGAUUUAUCUUAAUUGUGAUGCUAUUCUUCACUUUUGAUCAUUAUGCCCUGUGAUGCUGAGUCAAAUGCUCCGCCAAAGUAAAUGUUCUGGGCAUGCAUAGCCUUUGUAGUCUUCUUCAUAAACAUUAUUUGCCAAAGCUUCAACUGUUUUUACAAUAAGACCUGAACCCAAACAGUUGUUUAUUUAAAAUUUUGUACCGUUCAGUAUAGCUCCAUAUCUAUUUAUGAAUGCAAUUUUCUAUUAUUUUGGAUAUGUCUGGUACUACUGAAAUGGGUUCAUAGUUAUUGGAGAGUUUUUAUUACAUAAGCUGUGUAAUGGUGAAGACAUUUUGGGAAAAUUCCUUCAUUUAGUACUCUGUUUGACAGUGAGAGAAGUGGCAUUUUGAUUUUCUUUGCUAUUUAUUUUAUAAUGGAAUUACUGAGACCAAAAUAGUUUUCUGUUUUGAAUUUCUUAGCUUGUUUAUCAAUUUGUAAAUAUCAUUUGAAGUGUUAUAACUCCAAUUAAAUUUCUCACUUCUUGUCCAUUUUGCACGAGUGAGCAGGGUAGAAUUAUUAAGUGUAGUAUCAUAGUGGGGUUACUAUUUUCACUAUUAAAAUUAUUAAUUUCCAUUUUAAUGACAUUCCAAGCUGCUUUACAUGUAGUUUUAGAAUUUAAAAUAUACUCAGCAUUUGCGUUGCACUUAGCAAUUUUGAUUUGGGAUCAGUAGAAUUUUCUCAUAUUUAUGUACUUUCCUUUGUUUCUGCCACUUUUAUGAUCUUAUCUUUCAGAAUGGUUAGUAGUAUCCUUAGUUUGUUAAGUUGUGGGAUGUGCAGUUUGUUCAUGUCAUACUGCUUUUGUAUAAUAUAGGUACUAUAUCAUUUUGUUGUAGUGGGGCAGUUAGUUCUUUUCUAUUAUGUGCAUAAUCUCUAUUUGGAAAACAGAAAAGCAUUUAUCAGAUGUUUUAGUGAUAUCCAUUACAUCAGACCAACACAACUUGUUUAACAUAUAGUUCACAGUAGAUUCUCAUAGACUUCCAUACCUCCCGCCGAACUUUCUGUUUUAACCCAUAGCUCUGGAAGAUCUACUAUUCCUAAUUCUGUGACAUCACAUUCAAGAGAGUCUGUGUGUACUCGACUAAUUAUGUUAUCAAGUCAAGAUGCAUUUAGUCUACUAGGCUUUUCAUUGAGACAGUAGUAAUUCGGUGACUUCAGAGAAUUGACCAUGUGAUUCACAGUUUUUAUCUUUACCUUAAUAUCUGUGUUUAAUAUCAACUGCAAUUAUAAUUUUUUGUUGCUUACAUUUGGACAGCUGUAAAAUUAAAGUAUUAAUUUUUUUGUAAAUACAAUCUCACAAAGAACUUGGAGUUCAAUAAACUGAGACAAUUACAAUGUUUUGUGUGUGCUUUCACCAUACUGGCUACUUUGAAUGCACGUUCAAGGCACAUAAGACUAAGGUUUGUUAUUGAGUUGUGUAAAUCAAGGUCACUUUUAAUGAAGCUUGAGACCCCACCAAGUAAAAUGUUUGUUCUGCAGUAGCUAGUAACUAGCAAGUAUCCAAUAGGAACACACGUCUGUUUCAGAGUCUUUCCUCCAUUCUUAAUUAUCACAUGUAACACUACAGUCAACAGUAUUGUAAUUCAUUGAUUUUACUUCUAAGAGACUGCACAUGUAUAUGAAGAAGGCGGAUAUUGUUAUUAGUACAGAAAGGUAUUUUGAGUUCACUGGUUCUUGCAUGGUUAUUUAUUUUCACUGGGUGACUUAGAGCAGCACAACUGUCUGAAUGAAUUAGUGUGCUGCAGUUUCCUCUUUACAUCAGUUCCAUCCCUCCUUCCUCUAAAACAUUGUUUCCUCCAUAUAAAAAAAGGGGGAGGUACAUAAGCAUGUCUUUUAGCACAAGGAAUUGUGUUGAAACAUUUCAUUCAUAACUUUGUUUAUCUCAUGACAAACAAAAUCUUUUCCCCUUGGUAAUUUUGAUGCCAUCAUAUGCAAUGUGCAAAUUUUUCUCUAGUCUACUAAUACCCAUUACAUUCCAUUUUGCAUAAAUGGAGUGUGUUUUUUCUAAUAAUAAGAUUUAUGAUUUUAUUACAUCAUCAUCAUCAUCAUCAUCAUCAUCAUCAUCAUCAUCUGGCACAACAGAACAUGUACAUGUACAUAUAGAAUAGCAGAUUAUAAAAAAUGACAUCAAUUCUGUGUAAAGCUGGCUUAACAGGUAACUGAACAUUAUGGACUACACACAGAUGCACUGAGUGCUGAAGAGGCACCUUACUGAAAGCCUGGCAUAAUGAUAAUACUUCUACUUUUAGAUGUAUGUAUAUGAUAUGCACCACAAAACUAUUGAGUUUUUAAAAGCAAUGGGAUAUCUUUAUGUCAGUUGGCCAGUGAUUCAAAAUGCCAUCCUUCCAUUUUACAGUACCAAACACAGGUACACAUGGUGUCUUGUAAGAUAGUUUUGUUUGAGCAUAAAGCAAUAACUAGGAAAAGGCCUUUUUUCCACUCCACUGCAGUUUCCAAUGCAAAAGUUUAAAGUAAAGUUUUAUAUGUUGCUGAAUGACUUUUUAAAUAAUAUACUUGCAAUCAUGCCAUGCAAAGGACUGUUUUUAAAGGUAUUAUAACAAAUAAGUUAGAAAAAACAUCACAAUCACUUUCAAUGGAAAACAAAAAGAAUAUUCCCAUUAUAAUACGUGAAGCAACUCUGCUUACUCAUUAUUCCAAACAAAUGCAGAUCUUUUUAGGAGAAUGAAAAUGAAUACAUAUGUGAUGUCCGUGUUGUUGAGUUAUGAUAAAGGAGCUUUUUUUACUGAUUAGUGCCAAAUUUCAGGUACACAUAGUACCCUGAAAAUGUGUGUAAUGAUUGUUUUUAAAUUUUCUGAAAUAAGGUAUCAUAAGUACACCAAUAUUACUUGCAAAUAAGCUGGUGUCAUUAAUUGGAAAAGCACAAAUUAAAGAGAUCUUAUAGAAAUCUCAUUAUAAAUAUUGUCAGCAUAGCACAAUGUCAUAUUUCUACAUUUUCUACUGCAGGCGCAUCAGUUUUAUAGACUCGUAGCUGAAUUUGGUGGUAGACAAAUGUAUAAAGUUGCAAAUUUCAAUGUUAUUAAGACAGCCUGCAUAUUAAGAGGUGCAUUGUAUGAAGUUAAAUGCAAAUAUUUGGCAUUUUGUCUCAAUAUUUAUUGUUACUGUUUACAAGUAUUUUAUAUGCUGCAUAUGUAAAUUUUUCUACCAGUUUAUAAGACAGUAAGAACUCUGAUUAUAUGAAUAAUUUUUUGUAUAAUUUGUGUAACUACUUACUGAUAUUGUGAUGGUAAGGGCCUAAAGAGCAAGCUGGCUUGUUCACUGUGAGAUUUCAUUUCAUAAGACAGUUCAUAGUAUUAAAAUAUCUGCUACUGUGAAAUAUAGAGCCAUAUUUUUGUGUCAGUGUUGUUGUUUUUUUUUUUAAUUUGUGCCAUUUGAUAGCCUUCUGUAACAUUUUCAUAGCAGGACAUUUAUUUGCAGAUUAGGCCAUGAAAUACCUUUAUUGUGCCACCGCUACUGUAUAUCCACACUGAAUGGAAAGGCAGUACAAAGUACUUUUAGCCAUUUUCCAUGGGUUAUAUUCCAUUAAACCUUACAAUUCUUUAUUGUGUUAUGUGAAUAUCUGCUAUAUAACUGUGCACCAUUAUUCUGAAUUACAAGCAUACUGGGCAUUAAACCCUCAUCUUACUACUAAUAAGUGUUUAAAUCUAUUUAGAAUUGUGUUAUCUUCAUUUUGGUGGUUAAAAAAUGUGCCUUAGCUAACUAGUACUAAGAUAGCCUUUUUUCAUAAUAUUGUAAUAAAAUUUGGAAUGGCUUAUACAGAUUGUCAUUUGAAAGCAACUAAUCUCAUCAUUAUAACAAUGAAAAUAAUCAGUUAUUGAUAAUAAAAAGUAAAUAGAUAGAUAAAAAAUCUACUCACCGAGUGGCAGCCAAGGAACACACACACACAAAAAGGGUUUAGCUUUUACAAGCUUCUGGCUGGAGGAGGAGCAGCCACUGGCUCCAAAAGCUUGUAAAAGUUAAACCCUUUUGUGGGUGCGCUCCCCUGCCGCCGCUAGGUGAGUAUACUUUUUAUGUAUGCAUUUACAUUAUACUGUCAAUAAUCUCAUCAUUAACCUUAAAUUCAUUCUUGCGGACCGACAUCAUAUGAACAUAACAGGGUGACAGUUAUUGCCACUUUCUCAUCUCUCUCUCUCUCUCUCUCUCUCUCUCUCUCUCUCUCUCUCUCUCUCCUUCUUCUUCUUCUUCUUCUUCUUCUUCUCUCUCUUUUUAAUAAACUGUUCAAGAACAUAACUUUUACUAAUAUUGUCUAAAAAAAUGACUAUGUUAAGAGCUUUCUGUCAUAUGCUGUUAAGAUGACAUUUUGUUUUUCUGUAUGAAUGAAAAGUGUAUCAACAGUUUCAGUGUAAUUAUUUACAGUUCAGUAAACAAAAGCAAUAAAAGACCAUCACUCACAGAUAGCUGAUUGAUGUGUGGCAUGGAAAAAACAACAGCACAAAAGUUACUAGCUUACGAGCUACUACCCUUUUUCCAGUUUAAGUACGUACACUCACAUGACCAACCAGACACACGCAAACACCCUACACCUCCCAUCUCCAAUCCCCUCCUCUGUGACAGUUUCACCAUGUCCUUGGAGAUGUGUACUUAAACUAGAAAAACAGUUGUACUUCAAAAGCUAGUAAUGUCUCCAUGCUAUUAUAUGGUUCUUUACACUAUGCAUCAGUUAGCUGUAAGUGAGUGGUUAUUAUCCUUAGUUUUUUUCUUCCAUCUUGUAGUAUCUGUAAUUGUAAUAUUCUUUAUACUUACUACAAUAAUGUUAUGUGCUUUCAAAUUGUGGAGCUGGCUACUCUACGUGUAUCAUGUGAAAACAUUAGACACAUGUUUUCAUGAUGUUAUUUACAUUUUGCAGUAAGGAAAUAAAACUGAUACAAUAUAAAAAAAUUUGACUAAGAGCAACAUUUGUACAUAAAAAAUAGGGACCAGGAAACCAAAUAUAAAUUGCUGGUAUAUAAAACGCAAUAAUCCAGAAUAUUUUUUCCAUUAUGUUAGUUGUUACAACAAACCAAAUUUUUUAUUGCGUGUUAAUUUCUGAAAAUUACUUCUUUUUGUAGCCAUAAGAGCAACAAUCAUAUUUGUUACAUGGAUAAGAAAGUAAACUACAAAUUACAGUACAAAAUUUUAGUCUGGCGUAAUUUUGGUAUAAGUGUAAGUGUAGUGAGAGAAAAUUAGAUUGAGGUUACUCUCCUUCAAUUUCAUUUUAUUUUUAUUGCAACUCUGAAAAUAGACAAAAGCUAUUCAAGUUGCUCACAUAUCCCUUAGUCUCCAUUCAUUAGUUUUAUUUUGAUUUUCCUGACUUUUUUAUGAAUCUAGCCACCAAAAAUUUCUUAAAGUUUGAAUCCUUCAUUUCAGUAUAACAGUCACUCAAAUUCUAAAUCUGUACACUGCCUGGUAGACAGACCUGUGAAUAAGUCACAUCCCAUACCCAUCCUUAAACUGUAAAACCGACAGUAAUAGCUAAUGGUUAAAUUCGGUAGUCACUGCUACACUUUUUUUUCCCUCAGUAUGAGUAUUUCAUUACACAUUUUGCAAUCCUCCCAUGCAUUUCUAUUGGAUAACCACACACAAAACCCAACCACUAUCUCAUUUACAUUUAUCUGCGCUUACUGUAAGGGAGGGCAUCUCCAGAGUGACGUGAUGUGUAGCAUGGAAUGCAGGUGACUUGACACCAGUAGUAGUGAUGCAGCAUUAGUCAUGUUUAUUUCAGGCGAAAAGGUGUACUGGCUUAAAUCAACUUAACUAACGUUAAGCAACUAAAGUCCAACAGGUGUUGUGUACAUCCUUAUUGUCAUACCAGUAUGAACUAACAUGGUGCUUUUGAGGUGUUUACGAAGUUGAAUAUGUACCCCACUUUCCUUAUAUUUACUAAUACCAACUCAACAAAUCUUGAAGAAAACAGUUUAUUUUUAUCAGGGAUUAUGGGAUCUACUGACCAUAUUGGUAGCUUUGACAGAAAGCAUGCCAGAGUUGAAGCUCCUGUUAAAUCUAGAUAAACAGUCUGUAAUCUUUUUAGUUGUCUUAGAUGCAGUUGGAUUAUUUUUAUCAGGUGGCAUUGAGGAGAAUAGCCACAACAAUGAUGAGAAUAAUGAUGAGAAUUAUGAAAAGAAAUGCCUUUGUAAAGAAUUGUUUGGCAGUGUGUGCCCAUCUUCAGAACCAAUACCUUUGCUAAAAUAAGACUGCAGAUUGAUUUUUCCGCACCUGAAAUGCCAUAUCCUUGUAGAUAAUUAACUAAUGAAAGGCAUAUUUAAUUACAGAUUAUCCUGGGUAAGAAGGUGUGUAGGUGCAUUAGUGUCAAAGUUCUGAGUAUUAGAUAAUCAGUAAAUUGUGACAUGAAUAAAACUGAUGUGAUAGUUUAAGCUAUUUCUUCCAUAAUUUUAAAUGGAUUCAUUUUGGUGUAUUCUGCCACACAAGCAGCACAGUGUAGGCCAUCCUAUUGAGAACUCAUGUCAAAAGACAGAAAAUCAGUAUAAACAGCACUAUGUAAAUGAGAAAUUGGCUCUGCAAUUUCUUUUUCAGCACUGAUCAGAUAUUACUUAAGAUCAAACAAAUCAGUAAAAAGAUUUGCAGACGUACUUCAUAUAAAACUACACUACAUCUUUCUAUUUAGUUCUGUUGGCUUUCUCUGUCAAAGAUAAAUUAAAUGAAUUAAAACUACUGUACAUGUCUGAUAUUUCAUCCACAAUACUUUCCCACACUUUAUCUUGGGCAUUCUUGCUGCUAUAUUCAGCACUGCUUUGAUCAUAAAUACAUGGAUGUUUAUCCACAAGAUCAUUUCUUAUUUUCCUGGACACAGACACAAUCCUGUAACCAAAGCAGAAACUUUCAUAAACUGUCUCCAGUACAAUAGUGGUGUGUGCCAAAAGUGGAAGAUGUCACUUUUCAUCUGGAAAUGAUGUGCCAUGUUGUACAGCUCAGCUAUGUCAUGUCAGAUCAACAGCUGCUACUCCAUUAGAAUGUUUUUGUUCCUUCUGAAGUCAUAAGUUAAAUGCAAGUCUCGUGCCAUGCCAUGAUCUGGGUCACUUGCCACAUCACUCCAGUGGGUGCCCUGCCUAAAGUAAGUUCUCAUUUACACCUCUCCCAUCUCUUCCUCAGCUUGAAUGUGCCCUAGAGUUCAAUACUUCUCCUAUAACAUGACAUUGAUUUUGCACAAGUAUUUAGAAUUUAUAACAUUUUCAAGUUAUGCUUAGUAGCCAUUUACAGCUAUCUAUUUGGGAGAAUGACAAUUAAAACUUCCAGUCAGAUUGCACUUCAUCAAAGAAGUCUCAAUUUGUGCAAUAAAUCAAUCGUAAUCAAAUAGAAGAGACUCUUGGUCCAUACUUUUUUCACCAGAUUAUUUGAUUUUGUUCUACAUAAAACUGUCCAGUGAAGUGGCCUUAUUAUAACCAGUUACACUUAAGAUCAUAUAGCAUAAGUAUAUUUAUAUGCUGCUCUUUUUGAAAUAACACUGUGAUAAUAAGUAACUCAGGAGCUAUGAAUUUUUAUAUAACUAGCCUAAAGCUUGCUAUGCAUUCCAGCACUCACUCUUUCUCUUGUUGAUUAUAUUUCUAAGAAUUACAACUCCUCCAAACUGUAAUUAUGUAAACAUUUCAAAUAAAUGGCAAGUCUGCAAAGAUA